AUGUCACUCACAUGGCAGGUGAGCGAGAUGGCAUCGAAGCACCACCCCAACCUGGUGCGGCUGCUGGGCUACGCCACGUGUGGGGACCUGCGGGAGCGCAUCGAGCAGAUCCUCGUCUACGAGUUCAUCCCCAAUGGGGACCUCGACAAGUGGCUCAGCAAAGAUGCGCCCUCACCCCUGACACUGGAGCAGCGGCUGGGCGUGAUAGUGGGAGCAGCGCGCGGGUUUGAGUACCUGCAUGGCUUUGACAUCGUGCACCGCGACAUCAAGCCCGCCAACAUCCUGCUGGAUGCCAACAUGCAGCCCAAGGUGGCGGAUUUUGGUCUCGUGCGAGCGGAGGGGGGCAGCACCGUGCAAGCCACGCAGGUGAUGGGCACACCGGGCUAUGUGGACCCGGCUUAUUCUCACACGCAGAAGGCCACUCCUGCCACUGAUGUGUACAGUUUUGGAAUUCUGAUGCUGGUAUUGCUCACGGGCAGGCAUGUGACCUUCGAAGCGGACAGCCGCUCAUGGAACAUCCUUGACUGGGAGAAGCUGUGCGAGGGGUCAGUGGAAGCGAUCUCAGAUCCGCGCAUGGGCCCCGUUUCCCCACACGCCCUGCAGCGCAUGGCAGACCUGGCGGUGCGCUGCUGUGCCACCUUCACUGCCGACCGGCCGUCCAUGGGGCGCAUUGCGCAGGAGAUGGAUGCGAUGCGUGCUGAGGUGUGCGGUGGAGAGGAGCACGUGCACAACAAGGCUUACAUGAAGGUGGAUUCUGAACUCCGGGAGAAGAUGCUUUAUCAGAGUCAGAUUAGCGAGGACAGUUUGGACGAUGCGCUUUCCUCGAUUGAGUAG